AUGGCAGUGCGCGCUCCGCCGUGCCCAUGUCUCACUGACCAGCGCGCAUGCGCGACCGCCAUGGUCUCCGCGCAGCCUUCCUCCCUCCGCGCGCACUUUCUCGGAACCUGGCCGCCGCAUCAUCCGCAGUGGCAUCACCAGCUACACACCGGCUACCAGCUCCCUACGCGCCAGCCGUCCUCUUCCCUCAAACUCACUCGCGCGCAAGCCGCCGAGCAAUCCGCCAAUCCCAGCCGCGUUCCUCCCGCUCAUGGCGCCAGCACCGGAAAUUCCGCAGCGGCAGCAGCUUCCCGGCGAGGCUCGGUGGCGAGCAGGGCAGCGGUGACAUCUCAGCCGAUGCCGGACUCUGGAGGAUACUUCCGCGUGCCUUCGCCCGUACCCAUGCUGCAGAAGCUUUUCCAGGCCGCAAAUGCCGCUGCAAUCGCCGUGCCUCUUAAGUUUCCCCUACCCACUGCAGAAGCUCCUCCAAAAACAGCCACUAAAACUACCACCUCCGACGCCGCCGCCGCCGCUAACGCGGCGUCGGCCGCCGUUUCAACAGGAGUGGGCGCGCGCUCGCCCGCGGUCGCGAAGAACAAGGGGCGGUCCGGCUGGCGCAGCGAUCUGCAUAUCAGCCGCGCGCUGCCGCUGCCCAUGACCGCGCCCAACUCGCAGCCCUUAUCGUUGGAGGCGGUGGGAGAGAUGGUUCGCUGCGACCCCGAGAUGCAGGACUGCAAGGAGGUGGUGUACCAGUGGACCGGCAAGUGCACGCGGUGCAGCGGCACGGGAUACGUGUCGUUCCGGCGCAAGCGAGGCAAGGACUACACGGGCACGUGCAUCACCUGCUCUGGCAUCGGCUACGUGCAACGAUUCACAGUGCGGGACAGCAUUCGAGUUAUGGAGGAGCUGGAAGACAACACGUGGCGGUCCUGA